GAGUGUGAGACCGAGAAGAGUGACCGAGACAUAUCACCGAGAGGAAGACACAGAGAGAGGAAGCCGGUGGGCUGAGCGACGCUGUUGGUGACGGUGCAACACCAGCUCCGGAAGCUUCCAUGCUCAAGUUCUUCUUUGAUAGGAUAUGGAGGUGAAUUCGGUGCAACAAGAUCAUGAGGACGAAGAAGAAUUUGUAUUGCUUGAUCUCAACUGUCUUGCUGGGAUACUUGACAUCCCACCAAAUGCACCAUAUGUUCUAUCUGGUCUGGACACAUUGAAUCCAGUGUUAGUUAUAGAUGACAAGGUGAAGCUGAUCGGAGAAUAUGAAGAAACAAUUGGCACAGGCUUGGUUUUCAAAGAAGAAGAUGGUACCCCAGUGGUUCAUGAAGAGACUGGGCCGUCUGAAGCAAACCUUUUCUCAGGAAAAUGUAUAAUAGAUCCAAAUCAAACUCCAAGCAAGAAUGUGAGGCCGGUAGCGCAGCUUCAUAAGAUUCUAAAGUUCAGAUUGGCACCUGAUACUGACAUUCAAAUUCCAACAGCUGAGCAGUAGGCUAAAUGAGUAAGUUCACAAUGAAAUUCCCUCCGGCAUUUCCAAAAUCCAUUGAGAAUCUUAAACUUGGAAUCGGAGCCAUUGCUUAAGUUUCUUGACCACAUUAUAGGAAUGGAGAGUAGCAAUACAAGCUUUGGGUCUGAUCAAACUAGUUCAAAAAUUGUUUUAUGUUUUUUAAACACUAAAAGAAAAGAGAUGUGAGUACUUUUUGAACCU